AUGCUGCGGUUUAAUUCGCCUUCUUUUGGCCGUUGGGGGCCUCGAGACUUUCUGCGCGGGCGAACCAAACGCGGCGGUGCCAUUCACACUCGCCACACCCACGGCUGUCAGGGUCGCUAUAAACGACUUUCCACCAUUUAUGGCUUGCGAGAUGGGCGUCGACAUGCGGGGAAUCAUUUAACCGGCGGUCUUGGUAUUAAACUGGGCGGGGGACUCUUUGGUCUGCGCAUUCCCCGGCAACACAAUCUCUCCAAGAUGUCGCCGGAGGAGUUUGAUAUUGCCCUUCACGGCCAUCCAAACAUCACAAAUCCAUAUCGAGAACACUUGAAUGAACAUCCCGAUCUCAAGAGUGUAAUGCGGAAUGCCUGGCUGAAUGUGCAUAUCAUCGUACUCAUGCCUCGAGUCACACGAUUAGCCGAUACGAAUGAAGGAAUUCCACAGGCAUGGAAAGAACUAUUGCAGCAUUUACGAGAGGCAUUUCAAGAAGAAAAGGAUAAAAAAGAAAAAGAUAACUCCGUAUGGAAAGGAAAUGGUUGUAGUAUUAUAGUUCAUUGGGCUACCAUGUCCGCUUCUAUUACUUGUCGAGAUACAGGAAGUGAGGCACUUACACUCUCAGCAGCAUCUCUCUUUAAAGAUCAUAAAAGAGGAGAAAAGAUUAGACCUACAUCUCUGGUUUCAUCUCUACGACCACAUGAAAAAAAACGUAUACCACUUUUGGGUGCCGCCAUGUUAUCAUCUCUAGCUCCCCAAAAGAUGAUGAUGACGACAACAAAUUCUUUAAUGAACUCAACAACUCCAUUAAAGAAGAUACAAGAACGAACAUCAAGUAGUCCUUUACAUAAUACAGGAACAAAUCUCAUAAACCAUAAUGUCACACCUUCUACCCUAGUAACUAUGAGUAAUAGUAGUAAUAGUAAUAGUCAUACUAUUGUGAACCAGCGAGGGGUACAAGAACUAUUACAAGAGUUGCGAGAGUCACAUCCUGAUGCUCUGAAACUGUGUCUUCGACUAGAAGAGAGGAUGACAUCCAGUGAAACAGGAAAAGAAAAACAUGAUGAUGAUAAUAAUAAUGAUAAUAAUAAUAAUGAAAAGAAGAAGCAAACACAGAAAAAGACACCUGUACGGAAAUUACUACGUGAAGAUUUAGACCCAGAUGAAGUUGGGGUAUGGAAACAACCAGCUGCAACCGUUGAUGCUCUUAUGCGAUGGCACUACUUCAAUUGGGAUCCCCGUGCACAUAACGCUGAUGUUUUGCCCCACCAUAGACGAAAACAAGAUGUACACAUCUUUGUAGAUGCUUCACGGGCUCGAGGAGAGAGUGUUUCUUCUGCAAGAAAGCCAAUCAGAAGCCAACGUUCUUCGUUAUCGAGAUCAUUAAUGUCUCCACGUUUUUCAGAAAAACUUCAAGAGAUGAAUUUUAAACGAGUAGAUCAUAAAACUCUUGUAGAGAUCUUGACAGAUUUGCGGGGAUGGACAGUAGAUUCCCAAUGGCGAGCACUCGAAGAUCGACAAAGAGGUUUCUCUAAUGAGAAAAAACAAAGGAGCUGUACCACUUCACAGUGUGUGAAAGAAAGUAUUCAUCAUGAAGGAUAG